AUGGUGUCAGAUAAUGGUCACCUUGUCUUCACAACUGGUGACAAUAAAGAAAUCCGUUUCCAGACCUCAGCAUCAGGCCGGGUUAAAGUGGGAAAUGAAGACCUCACCGAACUUUUGAGUCAAAUUAAAACCAACAAAGAUGACAUUGAUGACAUUAAAUCUCACGGAGGAGCUGUCCCUCCUGAUAUCACCAACAAGCUAAACCAGCUUGAUACCAAGGUUUCAACACUUGAGAAUAAAGUGGUCACACUUGAACAGACAGUGCAGAGGGUGUCAUGCAGCAGUAAUCCCUGUCAGAAUGGAGGAACAUGUCUCAACUUAUUAAACUCAUAUCACUGUAUGUGUCCCGGCAACUGGGGGGGUCCUAACUGUGCAACAGAUGUAAAUGAAUGUCAGGUCUAUUCAGGAACGUCACAAGGCUGUCAGAAUGGGGCAACCUGUGUCAACACUGCUGGAUCAUUCACUUGCAGCUGUCCUCCAGAAUGGCAUGGGACUCUCUGUAUGAUGCGUUAUGAUGACUGCAGGAACGCAGGCAGUGACUUGUGUGUACAUGGCUUAUGCAUUGAUGCAGAUCGAGUCAUAGCUGGACAGCCUAAAUACCAGUGCAUUUGUGAGAGUGGGUGGGAAGCUCCAGCUGGGAACCCAGCGUGUGUGGCUGAUGUUGAUGAAUGUAACCUUCCCAACAAGCCUUGUUCAACCAACCCAGCUGUUCCUUGCUACAACACCCAGGGAUCCUUCUAUUGUGGAGCCUGUCCCUCUGGCUGGCAAGGAAAUGGUUAUAGCUGUCAGGAUGUGGAUGAAUGUUUGACCAAUAAUGGCGGCUGCUCCACUACUCCAAUGGUUCAGUGCUUGAACACCAUGGGCUCUUUUCACUGCGGUCCCUGUCCUCCAGGCGAUCUCUGGGACUACUGGGGUCUGUUGGCUCCCUGGAGGCUGGAGAACUGCGGUUGCCUUUUUGGAGUAUCUGGGUCUCUGCCUCAGUUGGUGGCGGUGGGUGACUGGGGUGUGCCUGGGCUGCUUGUGGUGGUGGGUUCGGACAUCACCUCAAAUCCUGGCUACAUCUGCAACUGCAACUCUGGCUGGGAAGGCGUGAACUGUGACCAGAAUAUCAAUGAAUGCUCAAGCAAUCCCUGUCAGAAUGGAGGAACGUGUACCGAUGGCGUUAAUGGUUUCACGUGUACUUGCACCACCCAAUGGACUGGCGCGUUCUGUCAGACUCCUCAGCAAGUAUGUGGAGGGUACCUGACUGGCCCUGCUGGUUCCUUCAGUUAUCCUAACACCCCAGGUCACGAUGAAUAUGAUCACGAGGUCAGCUGUGCAUGGGUGAUCCACACUGAUGCAAACAAGAUCCUGCGCAUUACCUUUCCAUUCUUUGAUCUGGAGAACAGUGCCAACUGCAACUUUGACUUCCUUCAGAUUCACGACGGGGAGAGUGCUUCAGCUUACAUGAUCGGAAAAUACUGUGGCCAAAAUAGCCCCGCAGAGCUCUUCAGCUCCCAUAAUUCUCUGUACUUUUGGUUUCGCUCUGACCACUCUGUCAGUGCCGGUGGCUUCACAGUUGCUUGGCAGUCUCAGGACCCAGUGUGUGGAGAGGAACUAACUGCCCCCUAUGGCAACAUUAAUUCACCUGGUUAUCCUGGAAACUACCCACCUAGUCGGGACUGCUACUGGACAGUAACAGUGGACCCCGGCCUUCUCAUUACUUUUGCAUUCGGGACUCUAAGUCUUGAACAUCAUCCUAACUGCAACUUUGACUUUCUAGAGAUUCGGGAUGGCCUUCUAUCUGAAGAUCCAGUGUUAGGAAAGUACUGUAGUACUGCAUCUCCACCCCCCAUACAGACCACUGGCCCAGCAGCAUGGAUUCACUUCCACUCUGACUUCUCUGUCUCUGACCGAGGUUUCCACAUUACAUACACGACAUCACCAAGCGACCCUGGUUGUGGUGGAACAUUCACUGACAGUGAGGGCGUCAUUAUUUCCCCCAACUGGCCCAACAACUAUAACCACAACCGCCAGUGUAUCUAUUUGAUCAGGUUGCCAGAAGGUGGGCAGGUGGCCCUCAACUUCACUGACAUGGAUCUUGAAACUCACAGCGGCUGUGCUUUUGACUACGUGGAGAACGUCCUGUGGAUUCGCUUCAAGUCUGACAGCUCAGUCAGUCGAGCUGGAUUUAGGGCUGUCUAUACUGUUGCUUGUGGAGGUACUUUAUCUGGGAGUGGGCAGUUUCACUCUCCCUACCACCCCAAUGCAUAUCCCCAUAGUAAGGUCUGUGAAUGGGUGAUUAACCAGCCAGAGGGUUACGUGGUCACCCUUGACUUCCUGUCAUUUGACGUUGAGGGAGGCUCCUGUCGAUAUGAUUAUGUUGAGGUCAGGGAUGGAGCCACGUCAAGCUCUCCUCUGCUGGGGACAUUUUGUGGUGCUCAGAUUCCCCCCAGGCUUCAGUCUACUCAGCGAUCUAUGUACAUCAAAUUCACCACUGACUCUUCUGUUAGCAACCACGGCUUUGAAGCAGCCUAUGACUCUGCCAUAGAGGGCUGUGGUGACACCUUGACCAGUCCUUCUGGCACCAUUACGAGCCCUGGUCAUCCCAGCAGCUACCCCCAUGGUGCCAAUUGUACCUGGUACAUCAAUGUUAGCCCAGGCCACCUGAUUCGGCUGACAUUUGAGUCAUUCAACUUAGAGUACCAUGCUAAUUGUAACUUUGAUUAUCUGGAGGUGUACGACAACGGCACAGUGCAAACCGGAAACAUGAUUGGAAGGUACUGUGGUCGCUCAGUGCCUCCAUCCAUCACGAGUACUGACAACCAGCUGACCCUGCUAUUUGUGUCUGACUCAAGUUUAAACACAGAAGGAUUCUCUGCUAGCUAUAUCUCCAUCAAUGCCACCACAGACUGUGGCCAGACUUUCACCACCCCUACUGGGUCUUUCAGUUCACCCAACUACCCACAAUAUUACCCCAACAGUAGAGACUGCAUCUUCAAGAUAAUUGUGGACGUCAAUAUGCAGAUUAUGCUGAACUUCACUGAUUUUGAGUUGGAGGGGAGCCAUCCUUCUUGCAGAUUUGAUUUUGUGGAGAUCAGGGACGGGGGCUUUGAGUCAUCUCCCUUGAUUGGUAAGUUCUGUGCCAAUCAGCGGCCUCCAGUUCUGAUGUCACACAGCAACCGUUUGUGGGUUCGAUUCAAAUCUGACACCUCGGUCACUCGUCCCGGAUUCAUGGCUCACUGGGACGGAACACAAACUGGCUGUGGAGGGACGUUGACAACUGCAUCUGGAGCAUUCUCCUCUCCUAACUACCCGCUACCCUACCACCCAAAUGCUGAGUGCUACUGGAACAUUAGGACCAACCAGGGCAACAAACUCCUGCUCUCUUUCUCUGAUUUCCAUCUGGAAUCUAAUGCUAACUGUUAUUAUGAUUAUGUGGCUGUACAUGAUGGCAACAGCAGCAGUGCUCCACAACUGGCCAAGCUGUGUGGCAGUGACCUGCCGAGUACCAUCAACUCUUCCAGCAAUGAGCUCUACGUCAAACUCCGCACAGACAGCAGCGUCAAUGCAGGAGGCUUCAUUGCCUCCUACACUUCCCAAUGCAAUAGUAUUUUGAUCUCUGGCAAACACAGAGGAGUGAUCGAGUCACUGAACUUUCCCAACAACUAUCCGGACAACAGCCAGUGUAGCUGGACAAUCCAAGCCAGCGGUGGAAAUACCGUCAACUACACCUUUACAGCCUUCCAGCUAGAGGCCACCUCUGCUGCUUGUGCAUUUGAUUACAUUAAGCUCUAUGAUGGGCCUAACCAAGAAGCGCCUCUGAUUGGCACAUUCUGUGGAUACACUCCUCCCCCGGCCGGCAGCACUACAAGCUCAGCCCUCAACAUUGUGUUCAGAACUGAUUCAACUGUUUCGACAUCAGGCUUCCAGAUGAUGUGGUACCAAAAUGGUUGUGGUGGGGAUCUCUUUGGUCCCAGUGGCUCCUUCAGCAGCCCAGGCUACCCUAACAGAUAUCCAGAUAACAGAGAAUGUAUAUGGUAUAUCACCACAUCAGCUGGCAGCAGUAUAACUAUCACCAUCCAUGAAUUUGAUGUUGAGUACCACCAAGACUGCAACUAUGAUGUGCUGGAGGUUUAUGGAGGGCCAGACUUGUCAGCCCCACAGCUGGCUAAGCUAUGCACCACUACAUCCACCCCAAUGCAUGUCUCCAGCACUGGCAACCUUCUCACUGUGCGCUUCAAAUCUGAUGCCUAUGUCAGUGGUCGAGGAUUCAAUGCAAGCUGGGCUGAAGUCCAGGGAGGCUGUGGAGGCCCAGUCACAGCACCUUCAGGGGAAAUCCAUUCUCCUUUGUAUCCCAACAGCUAUCCAAACAAUGUGGAUUGUUCCUGGGUCAUCAGCGUGGAUCCCAACCACCGUGUCUUUCUGAACUUUACAGACCUGGACAUUGAAUAUCACAGCAGCUGUAACUUUGACUAUGUGGCUAUCCAUGAUGGUCCAACCUCAUCUUCUCCUCUGCUGGGUCGUGUGUGUGGUUCCAGUGUUCCUCCCUUCACUUCCACCCAGAACACAAUUUAUGUUCGCUUUAGGUCAGACUCCAGUGGCAACCACCGUGGGUUCAGCGCUCGCUUCUCUGAGGCUUGUGGUGCAACGAUUGUAACAGAUGAUAAUGGUGGGGCCAUUGCAUCACCAAGGUAUCCAGCACAAUACCCACCUAAUCAGAACUGUAGUUGGAUCAUUAGAGCACAGGAACCAUUAAACCACGUCACCCUUUCAUUCACUGACUUUGACUUAGAGAUGAUCUUAGCCAAUUGUUCUCACGAUUUCUUGGAGAUCUUGGACGGAGACAAUUACGAUUCACCUACUAUAGGGCGCUACUGUGGAUCUGAAAUACCUCACCCAGUGACAUCCUUCAGCAACUCUUUGGUAGUCAAAUUCAUCUCUGACCACUCCUACUCCAGAAAGGGUUUCAGAGCUACCUACUCGGGCUCCACUUCUAGUUGUGGAGGAGAUCUUGUGAUGGAGACUGGUGCAUUUAACAGUCCUAACUAUCCAGAUGCUUAUCCACCUAAUGUGGAGUGUGUGUGGACCAUCCGCAGUUCACCAGGAAACCGCAUCCAGCUCUCGUUUAUUACAUUUCAGCUCCAAGGAGACUCUGAUUGUCAAAACGACUACCUGGAAAUCAGAGAAGGCAACGCCACCGGGCCUCUAGUCGAUCGCUUCUGUGGAAACUCGCUUCCUUCCAACUACACCUCUGUCAUUGCUCAUAUCAUGUGGGUCAAGUUCGUGUCAGACGCUUCAGUUAGUGGAGCAGGAUUCAGAGCCGUCUUCUCACACUUGUACGGUGUUGAUGUGACUGGGGAAUCUGGUCAGAUAGCAUCCCCACUGUAUCCCAGGACAUACCCCAAUAACGCUGACUACCACUGGACUAUAACUGUAGAUGGAGACAGCUACAUCCAGAUCCGCUUCUUGGACAUGGACAUCGAGGAUCUUUAUGACUGCUACUAUGACCACCUGAAAGUAUUUGAUGGUCCCAGUAUUCAUUACUACCCUAUUGGGACAUUCUGUGGUUUGAGUCCGCCCCCUCCUGUAAGAAGUUUGGGAAGCACUGUCACUGUGCAGUUCAAGUCAGAUUCAGUGGUGGGAGGAAAAGGUUUCCUUUUGGAAUGGACUGCUAUCCAGAACUCUGGACCACCACCCACUAUCACACCAGGUGCAUGCGGUGGAAUGCUAAUGACAGGAGAGACUCCUGGCUUCCUCUAUUCUCCUGGCUGGCCAGAAAACUACCCUCCUGAUCAGGAGUGUACCUGGUUAAUACGUUCUCCAGACUCAACUGUAGAGCUUACUAUCUUGUCUUUAGACAUAGAGGACAGCCAUACCUGCUACUUUGAUAGCGUUGUUGUCAGAGAUGGCGCAACCAGUCAGUCCCCUGUGCUGGCCAAUGUAUGUGGUCGGGAUCAUCCAGGAUCUCUUCACUCAACAGGAGACUCCAUGUACAUCCAUUUCUCCUCAGACGGCGUCAUCAAUGGCCAAGGCUUUAAUGCCUCCUACUCAAAAGGUUGUGGUGGACUCCUGCAUGUUGACAGAGGUGUAAUGAGCACUCCCAAUUACCCACAGAAUUACCGGCCAGGUUUGAAUUGCAGCUGGCACGUGAUGGUGACACCUGGCUUUAGAAUUUCUGUCACCUUCCAAACCCCCUUUCAGAUCCAAGUGUGUGGUUCAAGCCCCCCAUCUGUCCUCCAGACAACUGACAACCACCUCUUUAUUCACUUUGUGUCCGAUGCCAGUAAUGAGGCCUCCGGCUUUAAGCUGCUAUUCGAAGCCCACAGUCAAGGUUGUGGAGGUUUCAUCGAGGUGAAUGAUAACGAUCCUCCAGGGUACAUUACUUCACCGAACUAUCCACAGAAUUACCCCCAGAACAUUGACUGUAUCUGGGUAAUUACUGUGCCCAAUGGGGAAGCUGUCCAGAUUGACUUUGAGGAUCAGUUCUACAUUGAACCCACAUCCAGCUGUAUGUACGACUACUUGGAGCUGCGUGAUGGCUCAACAUCCAACAAUAACAUAAUUUCCCGUCUUUGUGGCAACACCCGACCAUCUACUCAACAUUCGACAGCUUCCUCCAUGUGGCUUAGGUUUCGUACUGACACCAGCGUCACGCACCAAGGAUUCAAAGCAAAAUACUCCAUAGCAACAUGUGGAGGUACCUACAUAGGUCAGAGGGGUGUGAUCUACAGCCCAGGCUUCCCAGGGUCCCACUAUCCUGAUAGCUCCAGUUGUGAGUGGUACCUGGAGGGACCCACAGGACACUACCUCACUCUUAGCUAUGGGAAUUUCAGCUUGCAGAAUACUGAUGGAUGCUCUGCUGACUAUGUGGAGAUCAGAGAGUACAACGCCUCAGGCCGCCUACUGGGCCGACAUUGUGGCAGUAACCUUCCUGCUCCCAUGGAGACGUCUGACAGUUUUGCUUAUGUCCGGUUUGUCAGUGACACCAGUGAAAAUGCAGCUGGCUUCCGUCUGUUCUUUGAAGCAAGUGUUGAAGAAUGUGGAGGUGAACUGAAUGCUCCCUCAGGAACUAUUUCCUCUCCCAAUUACCCCAACUUGUAUCCACACAGCCGAGUGUGUCGCUGGGAGCUGGUAGUGUCACCAGGCCGCAGGGUUACCCUCACCAUCAAUGACCUGAGACUGGAAGGUUCUGAUACAUACUGCGUAUUUGACUAUGUUGACGUAAUGAAUGGAUUGGCAGUCGAUGCUCCUCAACUACAACGGUUCUGUGGUACAGUACCGGCUGGCACUCAGGUGAGGUCCUCUGGCAACACCAUGGCUGUUGUGUUCCGCACUGAUGCGUCGGUGUCCAGUGGUGGAUUCUUGGCUACGUAUUCCUCUGAUGAACCUGCAGAAUGUGGCGGUAUCCUGAAUAACCCUGAUGGUGGCAACUUCACUUCUCCUGGCUACCUGGUGUCCAACUACAGCAACAACCUCAACUGUGAGUGGCUGAUUCAGAACCCACAGCACAUCAACUCCUCUAUUGUGGUGUUGAUAGAAGACUUGCACCUGGAGGACCAUCAAACCUGUGAAACAGACUAUCUGCAGUUCCGCUUAGUGGCUGAUCAUAGUGUGUCCAGAGGAGGAUUUUUGGCCUCCUGGUCUUCUGAUUCUUCAGGAUGUGGAGGGGUGAUCCAUGCUGAUGCAGGAACAAUCAAGUCUCCAAACUAUCCCCAGAACUUCCCAGCCAAUGUGGAGUGUACCUGGAAAAUCAUUGCCCAUGAGGGAAAUCACCUUGAGAUGAGCUUCAGCGGUGAUUUUGAAAUUCCAGACAGUGGCGGGACCUGUGAGAGCAGCUAUAUCAAGGUGUGGUCAGGUCACCGUCAAAUUAGUGAGGCUCUGCUGUCUACAGGCUGUGGCUCUGUGGCUCCAGGGUCCAUAGUUGCUCCAAAUAACAUCAUCACGAGCCGAUUCCAGUCCACUGGAGCCCCUGGCAAAGGUUUCUCAGCCUCCUUCAACACCAGAUGCGGUGCAAACUUUACAGCUGACAGCGGCCGUGUGGUUUCACCAAAUUAUCCAGCAAACUACCCAUCCAGAGCCAACUGCAACUACACCAUAGAUGCUGGAGAAAAGACUGUGGUCAUCAUCACCUUUCAUCUUGCUACAAGUGGCAUUCCUAUUGCUACUUUGUGUGGUAACACCAUCCCAGGGAGCUUCUCCACCUUUGGCCCCAUGUUGCUCCAUUUCUACUCUGACUCUGUGAUUACAGACACUGGCUUCAUGGCACAAUACACAGCUAUUCCAUGUGGUGGUUUCUUUAACAGCACCGCGGGUACAGUGAGCAGUCCGGGGCUGUCCAUGACCAACUAUCACCACAACAUCAACUGUACCUACCACAUACGGGUCCAAGCAAACAGAGUAGUAGAUCUUAAGUUUAACACCUUUCAUCUGGAGGCAUCUUCUUCCUGUCAGUUUGACUCUGUGGCCGUUUAUGACGGACCCGACACUCUGUCACCCUUGCUGGGGAAAUUCUGUGGCACAGUGCUCCCACCCAAUCUCCGUUCCUCCACAAAUCAGCUAUUCAUUGUCUUCAGAACAGAUAACUCAGUGAGUGGGAUUGGUUGGAGAGCUACUUACAGUCAAACGCUCGGUCCAGCACAGGGAUGUGGCGGAUACCUUUCCAUGCCCAUGGGCAUGUUUGGUUCACCAGAUCCAAAUCUAGAUGGUGUCUAUGAACCACGGAUGAACUGCCUGUGGACCAUUGAGAUGCCUGUCAACAAGGCAGUCAAUCUGACCUUUGACUCCUUUGAACUUGAGACUUCCACUACCUGCCGCUAUGACUAUGUCAGAGUUUAUGACGGUGACAACAUGAACUUCCCUUUGGUUGGGACAUUUUGUGGAACCUCUGUCCCUGCUUCCUUCAUAUCAAGUGGAAACUUUUUGACUGUUCACUUUGUCACUGAUGGCUCGGUGCAGAGGCGAGGCUUCAAUGCUACCUACAGAGAAGGAGACUAUGGGCAGUCUCAUAAGCUCUGUCCAUCAGAUGGUCAUCUACCAGACUUUUACAGUUAUGGCAGAACAAUGCAUGUGCAGUUCAAAUCCGACACCUUUGUGACAGGAAAUGGCCUCAGCUUCACGUUUCAAAUUGCCAGCUGUAGCCGAACAUAUGAGCAGGAAUAUGGCUACCUGAAGAGGCCAGGCUGGCCUGACAUAUAUCCCAACAACAUGGAUUGCACCAUCAUCCUAAAGGCACCACAGAACAACUACAUCUCUUUCUUUUUUAACAAUUUUGAUGUGGAAAGCCAUAGCAACUGUCAGUUUGACUAUUUGGAGAUCCGUAACGGCAGUACAGCAGACUCACCACUGAUUGGCAAGUUCUGUGGAAGCACUCUGCCCAGCCCUGUCUUCCCACAAUCAAACCAACUCUACUUACGCUUCAAAAGUGACUUUUCGCAUUCUCGUGAUGGCUUUGAUGCCACAUGGACAUCCUCCCCUCACGGUUGUGGUGGCACUCUAUUUGGAGACCAAGGCUCAUUCGCAAGUCCAAACUACCCUGGAACCUAUCCCAAUAACACCCAUUGUGAAUGGAGCAUCAUGGCACCAAGAGGCCGUGUUGUGACCAUUACCUUUAACCAGAUCAGUAUUGAUGAUCCUGGAGAUUGCCAGAACAACUUCUUGAAGUUGUACGAUGGCCCAGACACCUCUUCACAGUUUGUUGGACCUUACUGUGGUGCGGAAACCAACAUUGCUCCAUUCACAGCCACUGCCCACCAAGUCUACGUUGUUUUCCAAGGCCAGUACUCCACCCUACCUUCAGGAUUCAGACUCACCUGGACCAGCUGAGAGGAUGCUCUCUUUCUUCAUCUCUGUCUCUCUCCCUCACACAUACACCAUUACUAAAGCUAUGUUAUAAUGCCGUGUUAUAAUAAAUAUAUAAUUCAAGAAA